UUCUGUACUGGAACCAAUGCAAGAAUAUGCACCUCCAUAACAAAGCCUGUAUGGAGUCCUGAGAGCAGUGGGGAAAAACAGAGGCUGCACAUUUAUGGGUUGCUGUUCAGCGCUAGAAAAAGAUCUUUAAAAAGAAAAAGAGAGAGGGAGGAUCUGAGUUGGAGGUUUAUUUGUUCUGGAGCAACGGGAUAGUUUUGCCAACACGUGUGUAUCCAUGAAAUUUGUGCUCUCCGUUUUUUUGAGUGAGUGAGUGUUUCGCAUCCUGGUGCGGGGCUCUGAGAGUGAGGAGGACUGCGCAUCACCAGAGUUGGUGCCGAAGUUCGGCCGCGAACGGAUGUGAGGGAAGAGUGUACUGAGUAAAAAAAACUCCCCCACUUGUGUUUUGUCUCUCCUGCUUCGGCUGUUGUGUUUGUGCUGAGACAAUAGUGAGUCAAAAAGACGCUGAAAGUGAUUUCAUGCCUUCAGUCUCGCACAACCUGAGAUGGACGUGAGAUUUUAUCCUGCGCCCCCGGCUAAUGUGGGUUCAUGCUCCCUACCGACUGAUCCAAGUUGUCUGAGCUCGUUGGACUAUUACCACUCGAACAAGGCCCGGUACAGUGUGGGUGAACGAGGGGUUAGGCUCCACACUGCCCACCCUCCAGGCAUCAAUCCAGCUAGGAAAAGACUGCCCACUGCUGUGUUUGAUGGUGACAACAUGUACAUGAAUGACAAUAACCAAGAGUUUCGGUCACCAAACCAGAGCUACUCCAGUCAGGGCAGAGGCAGCAGUGGCGGAGGAGCAGGGGAUGAAGACUACGAGAUCCCCCCUAUUACACCCCCAAACCACGCCGACCCUUCUCUGCUGCACCUCAUGGAGCACGAGUCAGGUUACCCCUUCCACUCCCUGCCUCACAACGGCCUGCUCAACACCUACUCCUACCCCGAGCUGCCCGCUCUCAUGAUGUCUAACAUGCUGGGUCAGGACACCCACCUCCUCUCGGGGCCUAUGCACUCAAUAAGCAGUGAGAAGCGGGCCUCUGCAGAAAUGAUGAAGCCCAAACCCAAACCUCAAAAGAAAAAGAAGAAGAAGGACCCCAACGAGCCACAGAAACCUGUGUCGGCCUAUGCGCUUUUCUUCAGAGACACCCAGGCGGCUAUCAAGGGCCAGAAUCCCAACGCCACAUUCGGGGACGUCUCCAAGAUCGUGGCCUCCAUGUGGGACAGCCUAGGAGAGGAACAGAAGCAGGGGUACAAGAGGAAAACUGAGGCGGCUAAGAAAGAGUACCUGAAAGCCUUGGCCGCGUACCGAGCCAGUCUGGUUUCCAAGACAUACAAUGACCCUGAACCAAAAAGUGCCCAGCAGAACAGCCAGCCCUCCCACAUGCUGCCCCCGAAGCAGCCACUGUACAGCGUGCCCCCCCAGCCCUCCUCACCCUACCUGGGCCCGCCGGGCUCCUUCCCCUUGUCAGACCUUCAGAGCUACGCAGGGCCGCCGCGCCACACCCUGGCCCAGACCCUCAGCCAAUCCCAGAUGCUGCCGCCCAGCAUGAGUGCCUCUCCCCCAGCUCCCUUCCAGAUCAGCCCACCUCUGCACCCCCACGCCCAACUCUCCCUGCACCAGAGCUCCCUGCUCAACCAGCCAAUCCGCAUGCAGCAGUCGCAGCCAAUCAUCUCACACCAAAUGGGGCUCCAGGCACCUCUGCAUUCCCCUCCUCUCAGCCAACAGGGAUUCUCCCAUAUUCAGGCUGAUUACCAGAACAGUGUCGGGGGCUCACAGUCUCCAGGGGCCCCUAACCCAGUGCAUGGCCAGAACCCUGACUGGGACAGCGAGUACUGCAACAGGGACUGUGGACCCAACCACUGCGGCAGUGGCAUGGGAGCUCGGGACAAGCCUCUCUACCUCACUUGAAGUUGAAAGACCUCCAAAUGUCAGACUCCAGGGAGCUUUCCACCAUAACAACAACGCCAUCGAUGUAUCUGCUUCUACACCAUUUCUUUUUUCUUUUUUUUCUUGUGACGGAUUUCAAAAAUCCCAAAGACUGCUACAGUAACUUCACCUAUUUGCCAAGCACUUAGAUCGGCCAGAAGCCUGAGGCACUUCUCUUGCUUUUCUUUUUUCCCUUAUCGGUGAACUUUUUCCGUUUUUGUUUUUUUUGCGGAGGCACUGAGCUUUAAGCUCAUGCCAACAUACUGGAAAUGAAGACCAAAAAAAAUUGUCUUCUCAUUCUGUUUUGAAUUUUUUAAAGAUGCUCUCUCUCUUCUUCACUCCAUUACUCUGUGUUUGCCAUGGACUGCCCUCAUUGGGGAGAUGAAAUGCUCUAAGCAUACUCAAAGCUAGGGGUCUUGGUUAGAAAAGCUAAUGCAGGCAACUAGAAUAUAGUCACCUCAGCAGGGGUGGAUGUACUUCAGGACAGACUGAAACACCCCGGCUGAGUCAAAGCAAAGCGAAAUUAUAAUGAAGAUAGUCACAUACACUUAAGACAUUUGUAAAUCAUCCUCGCCCCUAGUAAAGGACUCUUUUCCUUUCUUUCUCACAGAGUGAUUGUAAAUAUCACCAAAAUGGAUCCCUCUUAUGUGUGUAUUUAGCUGCAGUCCCUUGCUUUCUUUCUUUUUCCCAAAAAAACAUUAUUUUCAUUUGGUUAUGUGAUUUUAGUGCAGGCGGAUUCAGUGAGGGAAUACACACACUAAAAGUUGUGUUGAAACUGUGUUCACUGGUCUUGUUUCUCUCCACACGAGAGAGAAACGCAACGACUGUAAAACGCUCCAUUUCCUCCUUAACUGGUGGAGCUCUGAUAGAGAGUGCGACUCUCUUCACUUGGCCUCAGGACGUUACAGAACUGUAGAGGUCAAAGGUUGAUACCUCUCCUUUUAGCUCCUCCUCCUCUCGGUCAAUAAGGGCCGCCCCCACCUGUAACCCCGCCCACCUGCCCUUAGUCCUGACACCACUUGUACAGGUGAAAAAAAAAGUUGCUAAAUGUGAAAUGUUACUAAAGAAAAAAAAACAUAACAGUGGGUUUUAAAGUUUUUGACUAGUUUUAUUAGGUGUUUUAGAAUUGUGUUGAACUCAUCUUUAUAAUUUUUUGUGAAGAAAAAAAAAUUCUGAAGAUAUUUUGUUUUUUCACUGUAGCAGGAUUUGCGUUUUGGAGGAACAGUCAUGGGGGUAGAUAUUUUAAGUUUGUGUAUAAACCUGCCAAAUGUACUUCUUUAAUUUGUAAAGCCAGUAAUGAGAGAACCCAUUUUGUUUUGUUGAAUAUCAUGUUUUACAAUAUGGUCAUUCUAUUUAAUUUGGUUGCAGGUUUCACAUCUAUUUAUGAAUGAUAUGAAGUAACAUUUUGGCUUAUUU